GCCAAAUACACGCGAUGAGAGUGGUAAGAUGGCGGCCAGACGGCUUCACUCUGACGAACCUAUAAGCUCUCCAGGUUUUAUUUUGAGCUCAGUGGUCGGUCCAAGGUUCAGCAGUGUUGUUUUUUUUAGCAGAAUGAACAAAAGUUCGAUAAAAUAACUUGUUUUGAGGUUUUCUUUGUGGCGUUGUGUGUAUUUUAAGGCUCAGCGGGUGGAGAGAAUGGCGGAGGCUCCGGAGGAUGUGCACACGGAUGACUGUCUCAGCUCAUACACUCCCAUCUACAGCCAGGACCUGCUCAAGGAUCAGGUGGCCUUUAUAACAGGCGGCGGCUCCGGCAUCGGCUUCCGUAUCGCUGAGGUUCUUAUGAGGCAUGGCUGUGACACGGUCAUUGCCAGCAGGAACCUGGAGAAGCUCACUGAGGCAGCGAAGAAGUUGACCAGUGCGACGGGACGACACUGCCUUCCUCUGCAGAUGGACGUGCGUCAGCCAGAUACCAUCUCGACCGCUGUGGAUGAGACUCUGAAAGAGUUUGGACGUGUCGAUAUCCUUAUCAACAACGCGGCGGGGAACUUCCUGUGUCCUGCCACCGCUCUGUCCUUCAAUGCCUUUAAAACAGUUCUGGAGAUUGACACCAUGGGAACAUUUAACACCAGCAAAGUCGUCUAUGAAAAAUGGUUCAAAGAUCAUGGUGGCUCGAUUGUAAACAUCUCGGCCACACUCGGAUACAAAGGCCAAGCGCUCCAGGUGCAUGCUGGGUCUGCAAAGGCCGCCAAUGAUGCUAUGACAAGACACUUGGCAGUGGAAUGGGGUCCCAGUGGCGUGAGGGUGAACACUGUGGCACCAGGUCCAAUCUCUGGCACUGAGGGUUACCGCAGACUUGCUGGCUCCCAUGCGGAGAGUGCAGGAGUUUUCCGGACUAUUCCACUUCAGAGGGCGGGAAAUAAAACCGAAAUGGCGCAUACUGUUCUUUUCCUGGCGAGCCGCGCGGCAUCGUACAUCACUGGCGCCACGGUGGUGGCGGAUGGAGGGGCGUGGCUUACCUCGGCCAAUGAUGUGGAGCGCCUGUUGGAUCUUUGGUCACAAGAGAAAAGGAAAGACAAGUAAACCUCGGAGGAAUGGAGACAAAAACAGUCAUCGUCGAUUGAUUCCGAUCAUUAAAUUGUGCUUAAACAAUGAAAUACUGCACACGUCCAGACAUUUUCAUCAAUACAUACUGCAUGGUAGGUCUGACGCUGAUUUGUGGAAAAAGUCCUGUACUGAAUGUACCUUUUGGAAAUGUGUAGUCCGUAUGCAAAAUAAUUGUUGUUAAUGAUUGGAUCAUUAACAGUGUUUGUUAAUGUUAUGUUUUUUGUUAAUGACUGGAUAAAAUUACCCAUCAGUAAUUUUUAAAAAGUUGUUCCAGAUGGAGAUCAAUUCCAGAUAAUAGUAGGUCAUAUUUUACACCACUGGAACAAAAUUAGAAAAUUAAUUUAAAUAUAAUUUCUCUAUUCUAGCUCUCCAUACUGUACAUGUUUUCCAUAAUAAAACUUAUAAUUCUUA